UUAGAAAUGUUUAAGUCGGCUGGUGGCCUUAGAGAUAACAGUUUGACCCGCCAGUCGCCACCACAACAAACAGACGCCAUAUUGUUUGUUUACCGCCAUGAGGCUGGACGAGGCCGCUUCUUUCUCUUCUUCCUGCAGGAAGCGGAAAAGAGAGUGCGAAGGAUACGAUAACAGGGCGAAGCGGCCAUUAGUCCUGCCCAAUGCAGUAGUUGACGUGGAUGUGCUUCAGGCAAGGACUCAACCUAACCGCAUCUCUUCGUACCCGUACCUUCAGGGUGUGAGCCGACGGGUGAACCAUGCUGUGAGGUAUCCAGUGAAUUGCGACCCUGUGGACGGUGUGUCUCCCAACCUUCACGCCAUGCAGGUGUACCGUACUGCUUGUGCCCGCUGCCUGCAGGGAGAGCCUGGCCACUUCCGACAUAUCCUUGAGAAGUAGCUGCCCACAUCUUACCAUCAGAAUCACUUGUACCUGCGCUAUGUUAGGACCUUGAGGUGGACCAACAGCAGCACCGAGGGUCACAGGCUGCAUCAGAAAGAAUAGCAUCAUCACAGGCAGCAAAGGUUUGGUUCAUUGGCAGCCAUGAUGGAGAGGAGCAGUGGGAGGGCACCACGAGGCUGUCCUGCCCCACCCCCUCCCCUUCUGUUUGUAUGACUUUUUCUUUCUCAAGUGAUAUCAUGUUGUAUUUGAUCAUUCAUCAUUUAUUUAAACAUUUGCGAAAAACUUUACGAUUAUUCUGUAGGACUUUGCAGGGAAGCUGCUUUGUCCAGCCAUUUAUUUGUGUGUGUGGCUGAGCAAGGCAGUGAGGUGGGGCAGUGUGUGUGUGUGUGUGGGUGUGGGUGUUCUUGCAAGUGUGUGUUUGUGUGUGUCUGCUUAUAGAUGUGUAGGUUAUGUAAACCUUUAACAAUAGAGGCAGUCACAAAGGCACUGAUCAGUUAAGGAAAAAAAUGAAUUGAUAGGGAAAAAAGCAGUGUGUGUAAGUGUUACUUGGAUUUGAGCACAUUUAGUCACUAGUAGUCACUUCAGAAAUGUAUGUGUGUAUGUAUGUAGCAUACAGACAUGUGCAUGUGUACACACUUGCCACCUUUCCCAAGCAUGUCCAGAAACAAGGUACAAAAUGACAGGACAAAGUAAUGACAGGUUUAGAGUUUAGGCAACACUCCCAGGAGCAUAGAAAACAAGUGGUAGUUUUGUACAGUUAUUCAUGACCUGACUGAUAUUGUUGGGUUUACAAAUUUAGUCUCUUCAGUCUGGCAGUUUUAGGAACUUGGAACAGGUGUGCAUGUGUUUUUAUGCUUCAACAGUAAUUGGAUGAGAUGCCAUGCCACCCACCCUCCCCCAACACUCAUUAAUCAGAUUCUCUUGCCCGACUUGCUGCCACCAGUGAUGUCAGGCAACUCCCCUUGCAUCUCAGUUGGGCAGCUUAGUGUCUUGUGAAGCUUUUCUAGGUCAGGAUUUAUAUAAAUUAACCUGUGUGUGUGUGUGUGUGUGUGUGUGUGUGUGUGUGUGUGUGUGUGUGUGUGUGUGUGUGUUUGUGCUGUGCUGUGCUGUAUUUAUAUGAACAUCCACAAAGAAAACUGUUUAAAUCUUCCAGACAGUUUGAAGGUUUUCACAAGACUAAUAUCUUAAGGAGUCUUUCACUGAGGGCAAGUAGUUGCCACAAUCAGAUACAGUAACUUUAGCAAGCAUUGUCUUGAAUGAGGGAAAGUAUCACAUGACUGGCACUGACAAUUAUUAGCAUCUGUUUGUCUCUUGUGAAAGAGCCCAAAGAUUACAUGAUAAUGAUAGUGAUUGAAUUAUUAUUAAUUAUAUGUAAUAUUUGACCUGUAACCUGAUCUUGUCUUUAGAACCUGUAGCUCUGAAUUCACAUGAGGUAUAAUAAUGCUGUCAUUGCAAUGUGAAAAUCCAAGAUUUUCUGUAAAUGGCAUUGGUUUUCAUUCUCAGGUUGCAAUACAGCAUGUGUAGUGAGUGUCAGGUUGAGGAGUAAGAGAGUACAUUGGUGUUUUACUUGUCUAGACAUGUGAAUGUUUUUACACAUACUAUUUGUCCCUUUGCUAUUUAGGAAUUCAGGGGCAGAGUUGUGAUAUGUCCACAAAAAUUGUACAGAGGAGCAUGUUAUGGUCUGAAAGUUUUUGUAAAUCUUAUCAUUGUUGCUUUAUUUAUUUUUUUUAUUUAUUUUUUUUAUUUGUUUUUUUCUCUCUCCUCUCCAAGGACUAUUCUGCCAAUUUGUCGAAGGGUAAAACAGAAGGGAAAACAUGCACAAAUACUCAAAGGUUUGGUGUGUCAUGGUAAUCUGUGAAUCGGAAGACAAUACAGUAUUAUUGUAAACUCCCUUAGAUGUUUUGUUCACAUAGAAAAAAAACAAAAAACAAGAGUGAAUCUUGGACAGUAUACAGUGCCUGAAAACAUUUGAUAUCAGCUAUAGUACAGGAUUUGCCAUGCUGAGAUGCUUGUGGUCCAUGAAUGAGUGAAGGUGAAACUGGUGCUUUGUGUGUUGUGCCGUGGCUGCCAUUCUGUAGCAGUAGUGGUGUGUGUUGAGGAUCACAAAGAAGCAACAGUGACUGGGUUGGGGAUGGGACUCCGUAACCACUUGAAAAGUGGGUUGACGUUUAGAACAUUGGCCAUGCGUGAGGAGACUCAGUGAAAUGGGUGUACUUUCUGUAUUGGCACUUGUAUAUUAUAGUUUAAUUAUACACAUACACAUAAUAUUAUUAAAUUAAGCAGUACACACAUGGAGAUACAAAAAUUGUAACAUGAAGAUACCUCAAGUUCAUUUCAAACAACAGAUGCAACAUUACUUCAAUAGAUGAACAACUCUCCCCAGAUUCAGAAUGUACACAGUACAUUGUAGUUCUACAUGCAAACCAGACUCUGUAUCACGAUUUGUACAUUUCUUACAAGAAUAUAAGCAAUACAAAAUCACCUUCCCUUACCCACUCAUGGUAGAUGUAAGAGAUUUAAGUGUUUUGGCUUGUAAUCUCCCUUCUACCCUCUCCCGACUAACAAAGCAUCCCUCUAAUCAUCCACACUUCUCACCUCUCAAACUUUUCUCUAAUAUACCAGUCUACAUUCA